CACCAACCCGUCCCAUGACCCAACUCCGAAAGCUCCUCGUCUCCCACACUCUCGUCGUUCUUUGGUCUUCUCCUCUUCCUCCUUCCUAAAUUCCUCUGCCGGCCACUGAAACCACCAUGUAUCUCUCUCUCUCUCCUCUUCCACCCUCUCUUUUACUAAUGUCCCAAUGAAAUCGUAGAUUUCUUUCCCCACUUUCAAGUCUUUUCGUUUCAUUCCUUCGGGAGCCGGAGCGGUAGAGGACGGAUCUCGUCUCCCCCAUUUUCUUGCUUUGAUUUCCAUUAUAAUUUCCUCUUCUCACGGCCAAACAUGGGUGUGGCCACAUUGGUGGUCUCUUCUUCUUUAUAUGUGCAGCAGUUGGAUGCUAGGAGCAAAUUUCAUCGCUAAUUGAUUUUAUCAUUAGGGUUGUUUCAUCUUCAAAUUAUGCCUUCACUACAAUUGUUGCGGUUAACCAAGCAUGGCCGCAAGCUUUUGGCUGCAAGGAGGAGAACACUUGCAGUUGUCACUAGUGUCCUCGUGGCUGGUGGAACUGUUGCGUAUGUAAAAUUGCGUUCGAGGAGCAGGUCCAUGAGGUCAGAUUCCUCUGUUAGUCACUCUGCAUCUGGUGUUAGUAAAGAGAACUUCAUUCAAAAUGGUGUAAAUGUGAAUUCAAUUAAGACAGCAACAUUGAAAAGAGGGGGAUUAAGGUCUCUACAUGUUCUAUCUGCAAUCUUACUCUCACAAGUGGGUCCAGUAGGCAUGCGGAAUCUUCUAGCUUUAGUGGUUACAGCGGUUUUGCGAACUGCCUUAAGCAACAGAUUGGCAAAAGUGCAGGGUUUCUUAUUUCGAGCUGCUUUUCUUCAGCGCCUACCAUCUUUUUUGCACCUGAUAUUUGAAAAUCUACUCUUAUGUUUUCUCCAGUCCAGUUUGUUUUCUACUUCAAAGUACCUAACAGGUGUUUUAGGCCUGCAGUUCAGAGAAAUCCUAACAGACCUCAUACAUGCUGAUUAUUUUGAGAAUAUGGUGUACUACAAAAUAUCACAUGUUGAUGGUCGAAUAACCAAUCCAGAACAGCGGAUUGUUAGUGAUAUACCAAGGUUCUGUUCAGAACUGAGUGACCUUAUACAGGAUGAUCUCGCUGCAGUUACUGAUGGCGUGCUAUAUACUUAUCGCCUUUGUUCUUAUGCAAGUCCAAAAUAUGUGUUUUGGAUGCUGGCAUACGUGGUUGGAGCAGGGGCUAUGAUUAGAAAUUUUUCUCCUUCAUUUGGGAAGUUAAUGUCCAAAGAGCAACAACUGGAAGGGGAUUAUCGACAGCUUCACUCACGGUUAAGAACCCAUGCUGAAAGUGUAGCAUUUUAUGGGGGAGAGAAAAGGGAAGCAUCCCACAUUCAGCUGCAGUUUGAGAGUCUUAUUAGGCACUUGAACCUUGUUCUUCAUGACACUUGGUGGUUUGGAAUGAUUCAGGACCUCCUCUUGAAAUACCUUGGUGCUACGGUAGCAGUUGUUUUAAUUAUUGAGCCUUUUUUUGCUGGCAAUCUUCGACCUGAUGCUUCAGUGUUAGGAAGAGCAGAAAUGUUGAGUAAUCUCCGUUAUCAUACAAGUGUUAUAAUAUCUCUGUUCCAGUCUCUUGCAAGUCUUUCUACCAGUUUUCGACGGCUGAAUCGUCUCAGUGGUUAUGCCGACCGGAUUCAUGAACUAAUGUUCAUAUCGAGAGAACUGUCUACUGAUGCCACAUCUUCAGUUCAAAAAAAUGCUAGUAGUAAUUAUAUUACUGAAGCAAGUUACAUUGAAUUUGCAGGGGUCAAGGUAGUUACACCUAGAGGAAAUGUAUUGGUGGACAAUUUGUGUCUUAAGGUAGAAUCAGGUUCAAAUCUUCUUAUCACAGGUCCAAAUGGAAGUGGGAAAAGUUCCUUAUUUCGGGUUCUUGGAGGGCUUUGGCCACUGGUUUCUGGCUACAUUGUAAAACCUGGGAUUGGAUCUGAUCUGAAUAAGGAGAUCUUUUAUGUGCCACAACGACCAUAUACAGCUGUUGGAACACUUCAUGACCAGUUGAUUUAUCCUCUUACAGCAAAUCAGCAGACUGAACCACUUACCUUCCAUGGAAUGGUUGAGCUGUUGAAAAAUGUUGACCUUGAAUAUUUGCUGGGACGUUAUCCCUUAGAAAAGGAAAUAAACUGGGGUGAUGAACUUUCCCUUGGUGAGCAACAGAGGCUAGGAAUGGCCAGACUGUUCUAUCAUAAGCCAAAAUUUGCUAUUCUUGAUGAAUGUACUAGUGCUGUCACAACCGACAUGGAGGAAAGAUUCUGUGCUAAGGUUCGAGAAAUGGGGACAUCAUGUAUUACUAUUUCACAUCGACCUGCAUUGGUUGCAUUUCAUGAUAUAAUUCUGUCUUUGGAUGGGGAAGGAGGGUGGAAUGUUCAUUUUAAAAGGGAUGAUUCUUCUGUUCCUACUGAAAUAGGUUCCAAUUUGUCAAAAUCAUAUGAGACUGAUCGUCGUAGUGAUGCCCUAGCUGUUCAGAGAGCUUUUGCUACUAUUGGAGAGAAUACAUUAUUGAAAGGCAGAGUGCAUCCUUAUCCAACAGAGUUGAUAGCAUCAUCUCCUGAGUUAGAUGACAACAUUCCAUUGCCCCCUGUUCCACAAUUAAAAAAUGCUUCAAGAACAUUGCCUUUAAGAGUUGCAAUGAUGUUAAAAAUAUUGGUCCCAACACUUCUUGAUAGACAAGGUGCACAAUUUUUUGCGGUUGCUCUUCUUGUUUCUAGGACAUGGAUCACAGACCGUAUAGCUACUCUAAAUGGAACUAGUGUUAAGUAUGUAUUGGAGCAAGAUAAGGCUGCCUUUAUUCGAUUAACUGGCAUAAGCGUUCUUCAGAGUGCUGCAUCCUCUAUUGUUGCACCUACAUUAAGGUACCUAACAGGAAAGCUUGCUCUUCGAUGGCGAAUCCGCUUGACUCAACAUCUUUUGAAGAGCUAUUUGAAUAGGAAUGCUUUUUACAAGGUAUUCCACGUGUCAUAUAAACCUAUUGAUGCAGACCAGAGGAUAACACAUGACGUGGAAAAGUUGACUACUGAUCUCUCAGGACUUGUCACUGGAAUGGUGAAACCUUCUGUUGACAUUCUUUGGUUCACUUGGAGAAUGAAGUUGUUGACUGGCCGCAGGGGAGUUGCUAUAUUGUAUGCCUAUAUGUUGCUGGGAUUGGGUUUUCUGAGAAUUGUUGCCCCUGAAUUUGGUGAUCUAGCAAGUCAGGAACAACAGCUUGAGGGAACCUUUAGGUUCAUGCACUCAAGACUCCGUACACAUGCUGAAUCUGUUGCCUUCUUUGGCGGUGGUUCACGGGAAAAAGCUAUGGUUAAUUCAAGAUUCCGGGAGUUGAUUAAUCAUUGUAAGAUCUUGUUGUGGAAAAAGUGGCUAUAUGGUGCACUAGAUGACUUCAUUACGAAACAACUUCCACAUAAUGUGACUUGGGGACUAAGUUUAUUAUAUGCAAUGGAGCACAAAGGAGAUCGUGCUUCAACAUCUACACAAGCGGAGUUGGCACAUGCAUUGCGCUUCUUAGCUUCUGUAGUAUCACAAAGCUUUCUGGCAUUUGGUGACAUUCUUGAGUUGCACAAGAAAUUUCUUGAACUUUCUGGUGGCAUAAAUCGGAUUUUUGAACUAGAUGAGCUACUUGACGCCACUCAAAGUAUUGUUGAAGAUGCAGAGGUUCUCACAUCAGAUGCUCCUGCAUCUACUAAAAUAGAUGAUAGUCCUACUCGAGAUUCCAUAUCUUUCUCUAAGGUUGAUAUUAUCACCCCUGGACAGAAACUGCUGGCUAGAAAGCUGACAUAUGAAGUUGCACAAGGGAAAAGCCUCCUUGUAACUGGACCUAAUGGUAGUGGGAAGAGUUCCAUAUUCAGAGUGUUGCGAGGUUUAUGGCCCAUUGUGUCUGGAAGACUUAUCAAACCCUGCCAAUAUAUUAAUGAGGAAUUGGUAUCAGAAUGUGGUUUAUUUUAUGUCCCCCAGCGCCCAUAUGCCUGCCUGGGGACCCUGAGGGAUCAGAUGAUCUACCCUCUUUCUUGUGAGGAAGCAGAGCAGAGGAUGAUCUCACAGUUUGAAGGUGACAACUGUAAUGCUGCUUCUCUUCUGGAUGCUCGCUUGAGGUCUAUUCUAGAAAAUACUCGUCUAGUUUAUCUUCUUGAAAGAGAGGAGCAAGGUUGGGAUGCUAGUCCAAAUUGGGAGGACAUUCUUUCUCUUGGAGAACAACAACGGCUUGGCAUGGCACGCCUGUUCUUUCACCACCCUAAGUUUGGCAUCCUAGAUGAGUGCACAAAUGCAACAAGUGUCGAUGUUGAAGAACACUUGUACAGGCUUGCACACGAAAUGGGUAUUACAGUCAUUACAUCCUCCCAACGGCCUGCCUUGAUACCAUUUCAUGCAAUGGAGUUGCGAUUCAUCGAUGGUGAAGGCAAAUGGAGGUUGUGCUCAAUAAAUCAAUUACCAAGCUGAAAUCAUCCUCCACCAUUUACAUCAUAGUUGUGAUUGUUUCUUUCAUUGGUCAUAAUUACAUUGAGUAUUGCAACAAACAAUAUGCUGAAGACAUUGGUGCAUUAUGCCACUGGUAUCUUGUCCAAUAAUUUUAAAACCUUGCCAAGAGAUCAGAGAACUGCAAAUCCAGGGAAUUUUUAAUUUUCUGGAGUGACAGAUGGCGAUGAUUGUUUUGAGCUGGAAGUAAUGAAAAUAUUGUUAGGUUUAGGUUGUAACACAUAAAGGGAAUGGCAGAAAACUGAGAAGCACGCUCUGUAAUUUCCAAAGAAAUUAAAGGAUGCUUUCUUAAAGUGUAUGCAAAGAAAAUUUGUUGUACAUACAUGCUGCAUAUAUGAAACACCAGCAUCUCAUGCAA